UCGACUCUUAUGCUCAGAGGGACAUGCUGACGGUUGCACAAGUGAAACGAACUAGUAUGUUAGCUACCAGCAGCUGACCUUCUAGCUUACGUAGCUAGAAAGCUAGUUUGAUUUCUGUGUGAAACCUGGGAAACAGUUGUAAUAAUGUUCCGCGCUGUAAUGAAAAGGCAAGUCAUACAGUCUUUCACGGGUCAAUCAUGGCAAUCUUUGCAGCGUCUUUGCAUGUCCAAAAUGUCACCCUGCCGAGUCCAGUUGGGUUGCCUGACCAGCGUGAGUAAUUCUGCGCCUCAAGGCUGCUCCCGGCUACUCCGCGGGAUGCCAAGCGCUGGUUGUGUGGCGAGACUCCAGCCUCUCCACCUCUCCCCGGCCUCAUCACAGCAGAAGCGCCGGAAAGCCGAAGAGCCGCCUCCCCGGGAGCUGGACCUGCUACGCUAUGACAUGAAGGAACUGUGGAAGGGACCCAGACCUGCACUGUACCUGGGCUUCUCCGGCCUGCUUCCCUUCGUGAUCCCUCCACUAGCGAUGGGCGCGACCGAGCUGUACUUCCCGGAAUUGGCGUAUGCCCAGAUAGUUUACGGGGCCUCGAUAUUGUCCUUCUUGGGCGGGGCGCGCUGGGGGUUUGCUCUCCCCGAGGGCAGCCCGGCAAAGCCCGACUGGCUGAACUUAGCCAACAGCGUGGUGCCUUCCUUGCUGGCCUGGGUGGCUCUGCUGUUCCGGGACAACACAACGGAGGCGGCUAUUAUGGUGAUUAUGGGACUGGGCAUCUCACUGCACUAUGACCUGGCCCUGCUACCCACCUACCCCAGCUGGUUCAAAGCCCUCCGGGCUGUCCUCACAGUUGUGGCCACCUUGUCCUUAGUGUCUACCAUAUUUCUGAAGGGGGUCUACCCUGAGAAGAAGCUUGGCAUCUUUGGGGACUAACUGGUCAUACACAUGGCAACAAGACUGAAUAUAUAACAAAAAUAUUUUGCCUCUUAACUCACCACCAACAUUGACAGACUCAAUAAAAUCAUUCAUAAAAAACAA